GUCGCUCACCAAAUGGAGAAGGUGGAUAUGGCGGUUUCAGCAUUUUUCAGGUACCCAGCUAAUCGAGAGCUUCACGACCGGCACCAAGUCUCGGAAGGCCGCCAUCGUAAACCCCUUCCAAGUGUCCCGGCACCACCCUCCAAACACGUAAGCAAACUCCCCAAACACCACGAACCACGAGGCAAUCGAGAGAGCCCCCAUUGCCCCCGCCGCCCCAAAACCGAGCACGCUCACAAAGAGCCAGCUGAGCGCCACGUGGAUUGCCAGCUGGAAGGCCGACAGCCAGGCAAUGACCGCAUUCUUCUGCUGGGCUUGAAGGUACAUUUGCAAGGUCAGGCUGAAUAUGAGGCUGUACGCGAAUGGUAUGAACCACAGAGAGAAAUAGCCAGCGGAUUUCGAAAUCUCGCGUUGUUCGCCGAGAAGGUUGAAAAUCUGGUCGGCGAAGAGUGGGAGAAGGAUUGUAAGGGUGAUGAAGUCGAUGAACCAGGAGCGUUGAAGAUAGAUUCCCAUCAUGUG